GCUAAAACUGAAGGCAGCUGUGAGCAAAUCCGAAGUGUGAAAGCUUUAAAGAACAAGGAGGGAAAAAAAACAGUAAAAGCUGUAACAUUUUCAUAGCUUUAGUCUGCUUGCUUAGGUCCUCUCUCUCCCUCUGAAAUAACUAACUGUGUCUUUAUCUCAAGGUGUGUAAGUGCCUUAGUCUAGUGUCUUUGCAAUGACCUGGAGUGACCUGGUCUUUAGAGUGGAAGAUGUGGAGCGGACUGUUACCUCCAGGACUGAAUGAAAGUGAUGUUGACUUAAGCUCUGAUGAUGGAGAUGCAUUGGAUAGUGCAAUAUCCUUAUCAAAGGAAGAUACAAAAGAAGAUGUUGAAAGAGUUCAGCUUUCUGAAUUCCAGGAGAGUGAACCUGAAAGUAUCGCCAUCAGUAAACCCCUGUUGAUACCAGUGACAGAUGGAGAAAGUGAAUGUCAAACGUGCCCUUCUGGAGUUUCUUUAAAUAUGUGGAAUAAAUUUGUGGAGCUUCAGAAGAAAAAACAUGAGAUGAAAACCCAAGCAAAUCAGGGAAACAGAGGCCAAAAAAGAAAGCGUUGCAGAAAAGAAAAACUGAAAAAGAACAAUAAAGAAGUGACCGAGAGUCAACAGUUGGCAAAUGAAGCCCAGUGGAAAGAACUUACACAAUACUUUGGUAUCAAUGACAGAUUUGAACCACUUGUGAAUAGCAGGGCUCCACAAAAGUCUGGCCUUGAGCUUAGAAUAGAGAAGUCUGUGGCUGAAGGUGACAUUGAUAAAGCUGAGGAGCUGAGUGAUAGAUUAGCCAUUCGUGAGCUUGGGGUGAAAAUUGCCAAAGCCGCUGCUUGCCGCAACUUUGUAAAAGCCAAACAAGAAGCAGAGGCUGCCCAAGAAGCUAGAAAGAAAAAGAAGCUUGCUUGGGGAUUUGAAGCUAAGAAAAGAUGGGAAACAAAAAGCAACAUGGGAUACAUGUAAUUCAUGUUGUUUACCUCAGGAGUCAUAUGCCUGUCUUUAUCUGCAGAAUCUUUGUGGGUGACUUGUUCUCAAAUCUAAACCAAAAAACAAUGCUGCUAUUUAAAAAAAAAAAGGCAUCUAAUUCUUUGUGUUGCUUUUCAUGCUGUUACAGUAUCUUGUUUCAAGUCUCUAUUACAAAGUAGCAAAAAUACUCAUAGAAACACUCUCUUGACAUUUAGGUAGUAUUGUUCACCAAAAUGUGAAAAUCUAGGAUAAAGCAUUGUAGAUAAUACCAUUUUGGAGUGAUAGUGUUCUGUAAAGCAGUAAUAAAAUAUUUGAUCCGAA